AGAGAGGAGAAAAUGGUCAUUUGGAGGGGUUAAGGUUGAGUAGUGAGUUCUCCUCACACUCUCGUCUACUCUUUAGACUAAGCCCUCUACCUAUCUGUGAGAAUGGCUUCCAUAUCUCUCUCGUUUUCUUCUUCUAUCGUUCCUUCUCCAAUUCCCCAUGACAAAUGCAAGAAAACUCCCAACCCCAGAUCCCAAGAUCCAAUUUUUCGGGUUACCCGCUACGCAAUUUCAGCUCCAGCGUCAAAAACUACUUCUUCUUCUUCUGCUGCUGCUUUAUCGUCGGUUGUCAAAAGGAGACACUGGAAACAAGGUGAGUUUCCUGGUAUUUCGGAAACAUCGUUACCUGGGAGUACGAGGAGGAAGCCCAUUAAGAAUAUAAAGAAGAAGUUGGACAAAAAGAACAAUGCCAAGGCAUGGGUUAACACUGUUACCGAAGCCUUAUCUGAAACCAUUGACAAGAAGCAGUGGCUUCAAGCCCUCGAGAUAUUUGACAUGCUUAAAGAACAAUCCUUUUACCAACCCAAAGAAGGGACUUACAUGAAACUCAUUGUGUUACUUGGAAAAUCCGGUCAACCCCACCGUGCCCAUCAGCUUUUUACCACUAUGAUUGAAGAAGGUUGUGCCCCUACUACUGAACUAUACACUUCGUUACUUGCUGCAUAUUGCAGGAGUAACCUGAUUGAUGAGGCAUUUUCAAUUCUUAAUGAGAUGAAGAAACUUCCUCUUUGCCAACCUGAUGUUUUCACUUACAGUACCUUGAUAAAAGUUUGUGUGGAUGCUUUCAAAUUUGAAUUGGUUGAGUUGCUAUAUGAAGAAAUGGCUGAAAGAUCUAUCAUGCCUAACACUGUCACACAGAACAUUGUUUUGAGUGGUUAUGGCAAGGCAGGGAAGUUUGAUCAGAUGGAGAAAGUGCUGUCAAGUAUGCUGGAGAGCACUACUUGCAAGCCUGAUGUUUGGACAAUGAACACAAUCAUCAGUGUCUUUGGUAAUAUGGGUCAGAUUGAUAUGAUGGAGAAAUGGUAUGAAAAAUUUCGUAAUUUCGGGAUAGAACCAGAAACACGCACUUUUAAUAUUUUGAUUGGUGCCUAUGGAAAGAAAAGAAUGUAUGACAAAAUGUCAUCUGUUAUGGAGUAUAUGCGUAGGUUGCAAUUUCCAUGGACGACCUCUACUUAUAACAAUGUGAUUGAGGCAUUCGCAGAUGCAGGUGAUGCUAAACACAUGGAGUAUACAUUUGAUCAGAUGCGUGCUGAGGGUAUGAAAGCAGAUACCAAGACUUUCUACUGCCUUAUCAACGGUUAUGCAAAUGCAGGUCUCUUCCAUAAAGUAAUUAGCAGUGUUCACUUGGCUGGGAAGUUUGAGAUACCUGAGAAUACCACCUUUUAUAAUGCAGUCUUAUCUGCUUGUGCAAAGGCGGAGGAUUUGAUGGAAAUGGAGAGAGUUUUCAAGCGUAUGAAAGAUAAUCAAUGUCAACCAGAUGACACAACAUACUUGAUCAUGGUGGAGGCAUAUAGAAAAGAGGGUAUGAAUGACAAGAUAUACUAUUUGGAGCAGGAAAAGCAAGCGAUGAUGACUGAUGAUAAAAAAGUGAGCCAACCUGAGGAAGAAAUCUUCAGCUGAUUUGUGGUUUAUAGUUCAGACUGCUAUUACAUCUGUGUUCUGUACCACCUCCAUUUUUCUGGAGGAAGGAGUGAUCAGUUGCCAAGUUGCAUAACCAAGCUUCAUUUUUCAUGAUGAAUGACAGCAACUCUUGCCUAACUUCUGUGUGUUUACUGUAAAGUUAUAAGUUAAUUUUUGGCAUCCAUUUUAUUCGCAGAGAAGAAUUUAAACAUCUGAACCUUUUGUUGUAUAGGGUAAGUGAAUUGAUAAUAGAGUUCAUUGUUUCGUCACCGCACGAAAUAAUUAUGAUUUCACUAAUAUUGUUG